UUGUUAUUUGUCAAAACGACAUUUGACAAGUAACAACAAGGCACUUUGAUAAGAUCCGUUAAGACUUAACUUUGUCGGUGUGAUAAAAUAUAAGAUAUUGAAAUGUUAUACACUUAUUUUUAAGAAAAACCCGUAAAACUAAAUAUUUUAAGUACUUAAGCGUAUUUUCCUUAACUACAUACACAUCUAUUUUUCAUGAAUUUGACUUUUAUAGCAUCGUAAUCUAUGGAAUUAACAUUACGUGGUAGUUUAAGCCAAUAAAAAUAAACCAAAUAUAUUGAAUGUAAUCAAAUAUGGAAUUCCUUUCAAUCUUAUACUCUUUAAUAAUCUACGGACUUUUAGCAGUGGUUGCACUGCUUCUUAUUUUGGUCCUGGUCAUUUUUAUUACAACUUCUCCAUAUCCAAUUGUUGAACGUUUCAAAGAAGAAGAAUAUUACUAUGACCCUGUUUCGAAACAAAAAAAUAAAUUUCCUAGUAUUGAGACUCCUCACAGCGUGAAUCUUAGUGUAAUUGUACCCGCUUACAAUGAAGAAGAAAGAUUGACCCCUAUGUUGGAUGAAGCUUUAGAGUUUUUAGAAAAUAGGGUUAAAGAACAUCCUUCAUAUAAAUAUGAGAUUAUUGUUGUGAGCGACGGCAGCACAGAUAACACAGUGAAACUAGUUCAAAGUUACGUUGAAAAAUAUGGUAGUGACAAACUGAGAUGCUUAGAUUUAAUGAAGAAUAGAGGAAAAGGUGGUGCCGUGAGAUUGGGUGUACAAAGUGCGAGAGGAGCUGUUAUACUAUUUGCAGAUGCGGAUGGUGCAUCAAAAUUUGAAGAUUUAACUAAACUGGAAUUAGCUCUUAAGAAUAUUACUAAAUUGGACCCCAUAACACAAUCCCUGGAAAUAACUGACAAACUAGCUGUGAUUAUCGGUUCGAGAGCACAUUUAGAAAAGGAUUCCCUUGUACAGAGAAGUAUAUUUAGGAACAUUUUGAUGUACGGAUUCCAUUUCCUAGUAUGGUUAUUUACCGUCAAGGGUAUUAAGGACACACAGUGCGGUUUUAAACUGUUCACCAGAAAAACGGCACAAAUGACCUUUCAAAGUCUACAUGUUAAUAGAUGGGCAUUUGAUGUAGAACUACUGUAUAUAGCACAACAACUUAGAAUUCCUGUAGUCGAAGUUCCGAUUACAUGGACUGAAAUCGAUGGCUCCAAAAUAACACCAGUCAUAUCUUGGAUCCAAAUGGGAUGUGACCUCACAAUGAUUUGGAUAAAAUACACAAUCGGUGCUUGGAAGAUCAAAUACGAAACAAACUAAAUAAGCACAACAUUUAAAUAGAUUUAAAAUAUCGCAUUUUAUUUAUAUAUCUUCCGUUUUAUUACUAAGAAAUAUUAUAUGAAAGAUA